AUGCCCAACACUGGGCGGCCCAGCCGGGAUUGCCACCUCUGUCGCAAGCGACGUGUCAAGUGCGAUCUGAAACGCCCCGGAUGCCAACGGUGUGUCAAGUACGGCGUCGAAUGCCCCGGAUACCGGGAGCAGCACGAGCUCGUCUUCCGCAACGCGAAUCCGGCGACCCUGAAAAGGCGCAAGGAAAAGGCGGCCGCCAAGCAGAGCGUGCAGCAGCGCGACGCCAUCAUCGCGUCCUCGAAUCGCGGCAGCGGAAGCAGCAGCGGCAGCAGCAGCAGCCACCGCCGCCUUGGUCCCGACACGCCAGCUCCGCCGUGCCGUCUCGGGCUCGCAGCCUCCGGCACCACGGCGGCGGCCUCGUCACCGACGAGCAAGGCCAUCAUCUCAUCCGGCCGCCUCGUCAGCCUCCCUAGACCCCUGGCGGAGCACUGGACAAACCACUCCGUGCCCAUGCUUCUCAACGUUUACUCGACCCUCGACUUCCUCCACAACGUCUACCGUCUCAGCUUCCACAACGGACCCUUGAUCUGGGCGGCUCAUUUGUUCUCUCGGACGUACGUCACCAACCUCCGCCACCCCGGCUUCGUCUACAACGACUCGGUGGGCGAGACAAGACGCGAACUCGGGACGUAUCUGGGAAAGACGCUCAGUGCCGUCAACGCGGCUUUGCAGAAGCCGGAAGGUGCCUUUCGAGACGAUGUGCUGGCCACCAUCUGGGUUCUCACCAACUACGAGUUGCUGAUUGGCUCUCUGGGCGGGGUGCAGCCUUUGAGCCCGUGGCAUGUCCAUAUUCAGGGCAUCUACAGUAUACUAAAGACGAGAGGCUGCCAGACUCUCAACACGCUGCAAGGCCGGAUCGCUUUCUGGCCGUGCUAUAAUAUGGUGCAAAUCCGGGCCCUCAUCAACAACAGUGAAUGCCCUCCCGAGUCGAUAGAAUGGCUAGCUGCCAUCCGAGACGGCCCGUACGAGUGGGAAGAAUUCCCAUUGGUCGUGUCAUUCUUCGUCACGACAUGCACGCGCGUGCAGGCGACGGUUGUGGAUAUAUUCGACCGCGUCGACUUUGCCGCCGCCGAGAAGCAAUUCGAGUGGUUGGUGGAGCAGCUGAGCGAGGCCGAGAGCAAGGUGAAUCAGCACAUGGCGAGGGCGGCGGCGGUCGACGCAAAGCCCGCGGACGUCUACAUGCGCAACCUGCACUACACGGCCGUCAUCAAGGGCCACGGCCACAUAUCGCUCCUGUGCAACUUCCUGGCGCACCGCGCGGGGAGCAGGAUAUCGCUCGGGCGGCUGAGAGGCCAGCGCGCCCAGGCCUUGCAGGCGGUGCAGGCGGCGGCGCGAUCGAUCCUGGACUCGCUGCCCGAGUCGCUGUAUUAUUCCGCCGUCGCGGACAGAGGCGACGAGGCGGGCCCCAGGGUGCUGUUUGACGCGCUCAAGAUGAUCUGGCCGCUCACCUGCGUGCUGCUCAACCCCACCACGUCGGCCGAGAACAAGGCCGAGGCCGAGGCGGCGCUCAAGUUUAUCGGCAGGCAGUUUGGGGUGAGGCAGGCCCUGCGGACGUACCAGACGCCGGCGCCGCUGCCGGCCGAGGCGCAGGUUCCGCUCGACCUGUAA